AUGAAUAUGGAAAACGACUUGAGGGAAGAACUGAAUAGAAGAAUGAGAGCAGCAUGGGCAGCAUUCGCAGCCGUCAGGGAAGCUACGGACCAACUGACGGACCAUGAUCUUCGUGCCCAUCUGUUCGACUCGACAGUUCUUCCAGCGGUCUGUUACGCAGCGGAAAUGUGGGCAGACAGCGCUGCCACGUCUAGGAAGCUACUUACUACCCACAGUCCUUGA